ACCCUUUCAUUUAGUCAAAAAACACGACCUUUUCUUAUCUUUCAACAUGUCAAAAACCAUCAUUUGCAACUCUUCAUCCCCAUCUUCUCAUUUUCUCUCCUCUGUUUCAUCUGAGAAAAUGCAUCCCCCUCACCUGCCUGGGCCUUUCUUCAUCAUCAUCAUCAUCAGCUUCGUCUUGAUCUAUGCUCCUAAAUUUGCAUCCUCUGUGGAUGAACAUUAUCUGAACUGCAACGGGACUUUCGCCUGUGGAAGCAUUGAGAAUAUUGGUUAUCCUUUCUGGGGUUCAGACAGGCCGAAGUACUGUGGCUUCCCGGGGUUCCAGCUGAACUGCAGUGAUUCCACCCCGGAGAUCACAAUCAUGUCAGCAACAUACCACGUCCUUGGAAUCAACAACGAGUCCCGGCUUCUCACCUUGGCCGGAACCGAUUAUCUAGUCAACGUCUGCCCCACCUUACUAAUCAACACCACUCUGAAUCCUCGCAUAUUUGAAUUUACUCCCGAUACUCAAUAUAUAGACCUCUAUUAUCAUUGUCCUCCUCCUCCAACUCCAACACCAAAUCAGGGAACUGAGUUCUUCAGUAAUUUUACUUGUAAUGUAAGCACAACCACCUUGUCCGGCUAUUUCCUCACCGGAAAUCUUAGUGAGUUAGCCGACCUGGCUUCGAAUGCUACUGCAAUCAGCGGCUUCUUGGGUAGUUGCGGUGAGCGGGUUGUUUUGGCUGCAAACCAAUCCGAAAUCCAGUCUGUGGAGACAAGUCAGAGUCUGAGCUGGGAACAUCUAGUUGAAGCUCUAGUCAAAGGAUUUGGGUUGCAGUGGAAGGCACAUAAUAGCCUGUGUGAUCGGUGCAGGGGCUCCGGCGGGCAAUGUGGGCAUGAUUCGGUUUUGGAAAAAUUUUCUUGUUACUGCACUGAUCGACCUCAUGAUUUUGUUUGUCCUACAGGCUCUUUGGCGAUCAGCCCCCCUGUUCGAGUCAACAAAACCAUCGUCCCUAGUCAACAGUCAACUCACUUGCCCCGUCAAGCCCGCGAGCUUUCUUUUCUCAAAAUGCAACACCCAUUCCGCCCCCCGCCUCUCCUCUCGCCUCCGCUGUGCUCCCUCUCGUCCUCCAUUUCCCGCUCACCUUCUUCCUUUCCGCCCAUGGAACGCAUUCCUCUAGCCAAAACAACACUUCCGCCUUCCCCAACUGCGGCCAGACUUUCUCAUGCGGGGGCCUCCAAAACCUCUCUUACCCAUUACACCGGCAGGCACGGUCCGUCAUACUGCGGCCCGGCGAAAUUCCGCAUCAACUGCACCGACAACGGAAUCCCCGAGUUAAUUCUGGGCUCACUGAGUUACAGGAUCAUUCAACUCGACCAAAACAAACAGAGCAUGACGCUUUCCCGCUCGGAUCCGUACAACACAUAUACCCAAGAAUUCGCUAACACCAAUCUGAGUUCCGCUUUAUUCAAUCUCAGCCCAGACAACCAAAAUCUCUCGCUGUUAUAUGAGUAUGUUUUAACUGAAUUUUUGAAUCUCGUGAUUGUUGCAGACAAGAGGAAAGUACCACUCCAAACAGGCCUCUUUAUAGCUGGUGGAAUAAUUUCUGGUAUUCUUCUGGGAGGCUGGUUGUUAUUAUGCUAUCAGAGGAGAAAGAGAAUUGCUGCUCAAUCUCAAAGCAAAGACUUGCCUGCAACUCCUCCAUCAAGCAAAGGCCUGGGCCCUACUACUCCCUCCACUACUCAUUCUGAAAGCAUUCGUUCUUGUUCCUCAACCAAGUCUGACCCAGAAAAGGGAAGCACCUACUUUGAAGUACAGGUCUUCAGCAACUCUGAGCUUGAAGAAGCAACUCAUAAUUUUGAUCCUUCUAAAGAAAGGGUUGAGGCAUUCCUUCUUCAGUAUGGUUCGCUUGCUCCCAAGAGGUUUUCCUAUUCAGACAUCAAGAAAAUAACCAACUCAUUCAAAGAUAAAUUGGGUCAAGGAGGAUACGGCAGCGUAUAUAAAGGGGAAUUACUUGAUGGCCAUAUUGUGGCAGUAAAAGUACUGAGAAAAUCUGAAGGGGAUGGACAGGAUUUCAUCAAUGAAGUUGCUAGCAUUAGCAGAACGUCCCAUGUCAAUAUAGUCACUUUGAUGGGGUUUUGUUAUGAGAGGUCAAAAAGAGCUUUAGUUUAUGAAUUCAUGCACAAUGGAUCCCUGGAUAAGUUCAUUUAUAACAAAGGAUCUACAGAAAAAGGCCAUCAGCUUGCAAUCAAGACCUUGUAUGAGAUAGCUCUAGGCAUUGGUCGAGGACUUGAAUACUUGCAUCGAGGUUGUAACACAAGGAUUUUACACUUUGACAUAAAGCCCCAAAACAUCCUCUUAGAUGCCAACUUCUAUCCUAAGAUCUCUGAUUUUGGUCUCGCUAAAUUAUGUGAAACGAGAGAUACUAUUGUCUCGAUAACGGCGGCCAGAGGAACUUGUGGAUAUGUUGCUCCAGAGCUUGAAAAAUCAGAAAAAUUGAAUCUUGACAGAAUCAUAGCUGAUGAGGAAGAAGAAAUGACUAGGAAGAUGAUAGUAGUGAGCCUUUGGUGCAUUCAAACAAUUCCAUCAAACAGACCAUCAAUGAGAACUUGUGGAUAUAUUGCUCCAGAGGUAUUUUGUCGAAACUUUGGAGGAGUAUCUUACAAGUCCGAUGUGUAUAGCUAUGGCAUGAUGGUGUUGGAAAUGAUUGGGGGAAGAAGGAAUGUUAAUGUGGAAGUGUCUCAUACCAGUGAAAUAUAUUUUCCAUCUUGGCUGUAUAAGCAGCUUGAAAAUUCAGAAAAAUUAAAUCUUGACAGAAUCAUAGAUGAUGAGGAAGAAGAAACGACUGGGAAGAUGAUAGUAGCGAGCCUUUGGUGCAUUCAAACAAUUCCAUCAAACAGACCAUCAAUGAGUAAGGUGCUUGAGAUGUUACAAGGAAGCCUCGAAGCUUUGCCAGUUCCACCAGAACCUUUGUUGUCUUCUCCUGCAGCAAUAUCACUCCAAAACUCCAACACCACAUCAUCAGUCAUAAUGCAGGUUAGACCAUAAUCUCUGAUUUCUUAUAUGAUUUAGUGCAAGAAAUGUAUCAAAUUUUUUUGGAUGUACAAUUGUCUUCAAUUUGAGUACUAUAUUGAUAGCAAUAUGCUUGAGAUGAUUUGCAGGGGGUUCGAAGAACUUUUGAGAUGAAUUCAGUACUUGAUGAUGAUGACGUAUCUUCAAAUACAUAGCAAUGGUGUCU